AUGUUUAUUUGUUGUUGUUUUUUUUUACACAAAAUAAUAUUUUAAAAUAAAGGGAAUUAUUUCUUAUAAAUGGCAACUUAGUUAUAAAGGAGUGUCGUUGAAGAUUGGUUAUCAAACUGAUCAGAUGAAUUAAUAUUUGAUGGGAUAACAUCAGAAGGUAUCCUAGCUUCAAAGAUCAAUAUAUUUAUAACUGCAAUAAUAUGAAAAUUGAAUCUUGUUGAAUUAUUAAUGAAUGAUGUCUGAUGAUUUGGUUUUUCCACCACCAGAUGCUUUCUCAUUUAUGCACGACCUUAGUCAGUUGCAGGAUCAUGUUAAUGACAUAAAUCCUGCAUUUCCAAUGCCUGAACAAUUAAAUAUACCUGAGCUUGUUCCACACAGAGUUUUAUCACCAAGAGAUGAACAGUUUCAUAAUAUUAGUCAUUCAAGCUCUCCUUCGUUAUUUACACCCAUUUCAAACCUUAUAAAACAAACUCAGCAACACUCGGCACUUGUAGAAAAUCCUAUAAUAUGUUUUCCAACACAAUUAGAAAAGUUUAAUUCAAUUCCACAGCAGCAUUCGACAAAUGAACUAAACAUUCACAGUAACUUUGUAAAUGAUAUUCAUGGAAUCAAUAAUAAAGUAUUACCAAACGAACUUAUAUCUAAAAAUCCAUCGUCACAGAACUCUCAAUAUAUAGUUGCUGGUAAUCAGCAUAUAUCGAUGCAGCCUCAUAAAAAUAUAUCUAAUAUGCAGUAUAAUAAUUUAAAUACUGUUGAACUUUCAAAUACUUCUAACCAUUUACUUAACAUUAACUCUAAACAGCCUCAAACAUUAAAGCUUCCUUCAGAAAUUCAAACAUCGCCUAAACCGCCUCUCAAAGGACAAAUAGUAAAAACUGCUGACCAGAAGCUUAUGUUUGUUACUGAAGUUAAUGGUAAGCGAGUUGGUUAUCUUAUACAACAGUCAAAGCCAUCUUUAGAAACUCAGCAAAGUAACACUUUGCAACAAUUACAAUUAAAUACAACCAUUAAUCAAUUUUCUAAUUCAAUUGAUGAUGUUAUAUCAGGUUCAUCAGAAAUGAUGACAAAUCAAAAUCUUAUUGGUGAUGGUAUAAAAUCUCCUUCAUUUUUUGAUGGAUCUGCAGGAGUUUCUAAAAAACAAUUUGAAACUGACAGGAAAGAAUCAAUAGCAAAUGUUCUACGAGAAAAAUUUCAUAAUUUACGCCAUCCGCUUUAUUCAAAGAACCAAUAUAAAAAAACUGAUGAAAAUACUACUUCUGUGAAAACUCCAAGCACAACUGUUGAGCACAUUCCAACUAUAAAUAGAAUUAUGGAAGAUUUGAACAGAGCAAUGGAAGUGCAAGUUGAGAAAGACAAUAAUGAAAAUAUUUUUGAUGAAGAAGGACAAGAAAUUGAAUUUAGUGAAAAUGAUUUGACUUAUGAAGAAUCUUUAGAGACGGAGUGGAAUAAAAAAAACGAUGUAAAAGAAUUAACUAAUUCAAGGACUUCCAGUACUGAUGAUGAAGAUUCGUUACCUUUAUCAAAGUUAAAAUUUGAAGAAGAUUUAACUGAAAUUUCUUCCAAAAAAAAGGGGAGAAAAGCAGGUUCUAAAAACAGUGACUUACUUCCAUUAUCCCAAGUUGCUGCUAAACUUAGGAAGGAAGAUGAUACAAAAUUAAAAGGGAAAAAGAAAGAGAAAACUAAAGCAAAAAAAAUGAAAAAGGAUUCCAGGGCACCAGUGAAGCCCAUUCUGGCAUAUCAACUAUUUUUUCGUGAGGUUCAAACUGGAAUCAAGAAAGAUCAUCCUGAGCUUGGAUUUGGUGAGGUUUCAAAAAUGGUUGCACAAUUAUGGGAAGCAUUGAGUGAAGAUAAAAAAAAUGUAUACCAUGAUAAAUAUAACAAAGACAAAAAUGAGUACUCAGAAAAACUCAAACAAUAUAAAGAAUUAAUUGCUAAGGAAGGUACUACUACAACUACUUCAUUACCUGUAUCAUCUCCUAGUGAAGAAGCAAACAGCGAUACAACUGUAAAUUUGCUUAAAAGAAAAGGAAAAAAAUCUAACAAAAUACUGGUGACAAGAAAAAAAUCAUUAACUGAAUCUGAUCGAAAUGCUAAUCAGUUUAUGGAGCAAACAAAUAUGGACAUGAAUAGAAUAGAGUUUAAUAAUGAUGAAAUAAGUGCAGUUGAUGAUGUUGGUGUAAAUAAAAAUAAAUAUAAAACAAGAGUAAAAAACAAAUCUUUUGAGUCUGAAAAGGAUAUUGGUUCUUCCCCAUCCUUACCUUCAUCAGAUAGCUCUGAUGAUGAUGUUGAUGAUGAAGAUGAUCCUACCAUAUCUAGAAUUAGACAAAAAGCUGCUGAGCUGAAAGAAAAAAUUAAUAGAGAAAAACUUGCUGUAAGAAAACAAAUACAAUCUAAUAAACCUGUAAAAAUGGAAGUUGAAACUGUAUCAGAAGGACUAGUUAAUAAUAGUACUGUUGAAGAGACUAUAAAACAGUCAAAUUUUGUUGAACGAUUUUCUGAUACCAAAUCCCCACCUAUAUCAAAACCUGUUUUCAAAAUACCUAAAAAAUCCAGCGUAGAAAAUGGUGUGAGCGUUUCGCCGACACCUCGUCUUUGUAUUCGAGUUGCAUGUGGAAGUGUUGCUAAAACAACUCGAGAACGCGGAGGUCAAUAUUGCAGUAACGAAUGUCUUGUCCUCUACUGCAGAGAGGUUUUCGACUCUUGGGUGUUCGACAGACAAAAUGAAGAGAGUGGAAUGGUCACCUAAGUACGACUAUUGGAAAUUACUAACUCUGCAAACAUUACUCUGAUUCUACAAGAGAGAGAAUUUUUCGCUGAAAGUUUUCAAACGCAUGCUUUUAGUUACUUCACUUAGCAGAUUAUUUGCUUGAAGAUUAUAAAUAUAUACAUUAUUUGUUAGUUAAAUUCAUCGGGCAAGUUUUUGGCUGAAGAUAAAUUUUUUAAUUAGCCAGCGAGUGACAGUUUUUUUUUUUUUUUUUUUUUUAUUAUAAAUUUUACUUUAUUUUUAAAAAAAAAUCAUUUUUUAGUUUGCUUACUAAUUCUUUCAAUUUCUCAUUUGUUAUCUAAUUUCCAAAAAUGUUAAUUCUUGCUUUGACCUGGGAGGUUAGACCAUGAUUUGGUAAAAAAUACACGUUUAAAGAAAUCCUUUAUCUUUGUCAGUUUUGUUUUUUAGACAACAGUUUUUUGUUAAAUUGUACAUUUUUAUCAGACACGCGAAACACUAAUAAUAUUUCGCUAAAAUAAAUUAAGAUUGCAGGU